GGUCUUCAAUAUUUAACCCUGGAUGAGUCUCGGUAGCUCCAUUUACAAACAAAUAGUGGCUUAAAUGAGGGCCCCAAUCAAUGCAAGUUGAUGUUUAACUGUUUGCUGAGCAAGUGCCAAUCUUUGACUGUCAGGAAUUCUGCCAUCCGCAGUCACUUAGUCGCUCCUUUUUUGGACAAGGCAGCCCAUUUUUUUCAAAUUUAAGUUACAUUGUAAGGAAAUGGACCUUCGUCUGACACUCCUGUUGAUCUGUCUCUGCAGCCAAGGAGUCACUCAGAAUGCUGAUGUGGCAGAAAAUGACUCAAUCCCUCUGGUGCCUCUUAUUCCCUUGAUGCCCAGCCACCCCAUAGAGAAAGUAGAAAAUGAAACUACAGCACAACCAGGAAAUGUGCAUACCAGAGAAGCACCUCUACUUGCAACAGCCACAACUAGUAGGCCCAAUGAGAGCCCGUCAGAAGGAGAACAUGGUGAAGAUUGUCCGUCAGUCGGCCGAAGCCAACAGUCAAGGGAGGCCAUCGCUGCAGCCAUUCAGAAACUGGGUGUGCAGCUGCUGCAGAACCUGGAGACAACGCCAGAGCAGCCAAAUGUCAUCAUAUCUCCUUUGAGCAUAUCGUUAGCGCUCUCCCAACUGGCUUUGGGCGCAGCAAAUGAGACGGAGGAGCUGCUGAUGCAUCAUCUCCAUGAAAACACUCUCCCCUGCUACCACCAGUCUCUGCAUAAUGUCUUAGAGCUGCUCAGACAGAAUGAACUGCAAAUUGCCACACGCAUCUUCCUGCGCCAAGGGUUCGAGCCAAAGCCAGACUUUGUCCGUGAAUCCCAGAGGUUAUAUGACUCAGAACCAGCAGUAUUGAAGAGCCUGCAGCAGAUAAACGACUGGGUAGAGAAUGCAACAAACGGAAAGAUGACCGACUUCCUGUCUGCUUUACCACCAAAUCUGCUCCUCAUGCUCAUCAAUGCUGUCCAUUUCAAAGGAGAGUGGAAAGCUCAAUUUGACCCGCGCUUUACCUCCAGAGGUGUGUUCUACCUUGACGACAAGCGCAUGGUUGAUGUUGAAGUGAUGGAAGAUGCCAAACACCCCUUGAGUUUAUUUAUUGAUAAUGAACUGGAGGCUCAGGUAGCGAGCUUCCCAUUCCUGAAGUUGACGAGCUUGUUGGUGGUCAUGCCUAUGUCCGGCCAGGUGAACCUGUCUUCCCUUUCUGCAAAGCUGAAUAUCUCGGACUUGUACCGUCGUCUGCCCAAGGAGAGAGCUGUUCAAGUUAAAGUCCCAAAAUUCAAACUGGAGUAUGCUCAAGACCUGAAGGAUGUUUUUACGAAAUUGGGCCUCGGAGAUAUGUUUUCCCGUCCCAACUUGGCUGGCAUGGCCGACGGCCCCCUGCUGGUCUCCAGUGUGAUGCAUAAGUCCAUCAUGGAGAUAAAUGAGGAGGGUGCAGAGGCUGCUGCAGCCACUGCUGUAGUUAUCUCACGGGCAUCGAACCCUGUUUUCCACCUCAGCCAACCUUUCUUCUUUGCCCUCAUGGAUGACAUGACUCAAGUGCCCAUUUUCAUGGGUGUCAUUAACAACCCAAAUCCUGGGGCUCCUAUUUUGGAGAGAGGAGCAUUUGGAAGCAAGGAUAAAGUGGGAUUCCCAAUUGAUAAGGAUCAUGUUGGCUCAUUUAGUGGCCCACCUAAGUAGGGAAUAAUACUUACACUGCUGUCCCAGGGAAAACCCAGAACAAGAUCUGUCAUGAUUGUAUAGAUUAAAUGUACAAUGUCAAUAAACUGGAUCAAAAUGUGUGUGUGAAAACAGAUCCUUCAUGUGUCUUUGUUUCAUUGAAGAAUAAACACACGAAAGUGCCCUGUAUGCCUUGUAAAAACUAAAUAUUAUGAACAGUUUCAUACAAGAAAUGGUUUACACCUAUAGUAAAAACUCUCUUCAUCUUUAAUUGAUUCAAAAUUCCAAGGUAUCAAAAUGUAAAGUCUUUACUGUAGACUAAAGCUUUUACUGCAUCAUUCUGU